AUGAAUGGAUUAAUUGAUGAAGCAAAAAAGAAUCGUUUCUCAACCAUUCCUGAUCUUUCCACCAAUGAUGUCCUUGAUAUUUGGGACAAUAUUUCGAGAUUUGUCGAACAGCAAAUGCUGUUGCAAAAGGGUGUUUCCAUACCUGGCUUGGGGACAUUUACUUUCUCUCAAAAGAAACUCGAUAUGGGUGGCAAUAAAUAUAUUCUAUUCCAACGUCCUAUAUUUACGAUAUCCGAAAAAUUCGCCCAAAGCCACGGCAUAGCCUUUACUAAAACUUAUACCCCAGGUGAGAUCCCGGUCAUAUCUUUAAAUCUAUCGUAUUUAUCCAAUGAGAGUCCAUUUAACCGUGAUACUAUCGAGGCUUGCGUAAAAGAGGUCCUUAUGGCUCUGUCAAAGUCGGUUCGAGCAAAUCGUAACAUAGAGUUUACAUUUACGGGCGUCGGUAGACUAUGCAUUCGUAGCAAAAAGGUCAAAAUGAAGUUUUUCAAAGAGUUUAUUAAUUGUAUGGACGGCUCUGGUCAUCUGGCUCAAGCCUUGAGCAAUAGACCUUUUACCGCUGAUUCAGUCAUUUCACCCACUAAACGCCCUGGAACUGGGAAUACAGUUAUUUUACCCAGAUUGAAUACACCCGUAGAUAAAGAUGCCUUAGCUCCAGAAACUAGCCGACUAACUCCAAUUUCCAGGCGUUCAGUUACUUCUUUAGGCCAUGUAAGUGAUGGUCGAAAAAGUAUGCCAAUUAUCCAAGAAGACAUGGAGGAAUUUAAAUUAAACGAUGAGGAAAAUUUAAAGCACGAUAAUAAAUCAAACGUUUUGAGGGAAAGCGAGAUACACGGAAAUUCUGAUCAAAAAUUGUCGUUUAAAAACAGUCCAGAAGAAAUGAUUGAAAAUCAAUUAUCACCUAUUAAACGUGAUACGCUUCUAACUCCGAAUAAUUCCAGAGCCCCUUCACGGCAGCAGUCAUUAUCGCCUAGAGAGCAGUUGAGUCCAUCAAGACGCACUAGUAAUGCAAGCAGGUUAUCUGUAGAAAAACCUUCCGGAAGUCGUUCUCCUUCAACAGCUAGAACUCAUGUUGAUAAUCAGAAACCAUCUGAGGAUUCAACUGGCAAGCUACAAACCGAGUUUGGAGAAAAGAAUGCUGUUGCCGCAGGUAAGGUUUUACUAUGCCCCCAUCAUGGUCAAGCUGGACAAGAAUUAUGUUAUUUGUGUCACCAGCGGGAAGCAAAGAAUGUUCAAAUAUCUUAUGCUAAAGAGAAAGCUCAAAUGGAUAGAGAUUAUGAUACAAUCUUACAAAAAUAUCAACAACAACAAGAUGCAGAACGUAUUACUAAAGAAUUGGCAAAAGACAAAGCCUAUCGAGACUAUAUUAAGCAAUUAUCCGAAUACAAUUUGAAGGCAGCCGAUGUGAAAAAAAAAGCACUAAAGGAAAAUGCCAGUGGUACUCCGAAAAUGAUUUUGAAUCGAGCAGUUACCCCGUUACCCUACGAGAAGCAAAAGCAGUAUCAUUCCAUGCUAGAUCAACAGGUACAAGAAAAGCGUGAAAAAGGUAAAAUAUUAAUGAAGGAGAAGGAAUUUUUGGAAAAGCUGGAGCAGGCUCAACUGGCAGAAGACAUAAAGCGAGAAGAAGAACACAAAGCAACUCAGCGCAAACAAAAUUUAGAAAAUUACGCAACUUGUUUGAAAACGCAGAUGGCGAAUAAGAACCCGGAGCUACCUGCAAAUUAUCCAAAUUCGCUAACACCAGUGUUUGGAACAGAUGCAGAACGUUUAAAUCUUGCUGCAAAAAGGCGAAGGCGCGCUCAUGAAAUUUACAAGGAGCAAUUAGCUUCAAUUGAACAAGCUAAAAGGGAUAAGAUAUUGCAAAAAUUGCAAAGAGAGAAGGAAGAAAUGGACUCUAUUCAGAAAGCUAAAGCUGAUUUAAAAGAGGAGCUAGUUCACCGCUAUAUCCAUUCGACUGAAGCUCGCGACAGACUCGAGAAAGAAUGGCAACAGCAAGCUGCACAUAAGAAAAUAAACGAUCGAGAAGCAACUCGAAUUCCUAGCCCAGAUGAAUUACUACUAACACAAUGUGAUAAAUACACACGAUGUUUACAAUGUCAACGAAAGCCGACCAAUAAUGGUAAAUCCAAUUUCUUCAAGGACACGGUUUUCAUGUCGGGUACUCGAUACAUAGUAUAG